AUGGCGAAUGCAGCAUCGACGAAGGCGAGAGCAAAUGGGCUUGCUCACAUCAAGGCGAAGACAGACACAGGUAAUAUUGAUCUAAAUCUUCGUAAUACCUUACUUGUUAAAGAUCUGAGGACUAAUUUAAUUUCCGUAUCGAAAAUCACUAUGAACGACCGAGAGAUUUUAUUCAGGAAGGACGACGCCAUCGUCAGGGACCUGAAUGGAGAGGAAGAGGAUCCAGAGCCAGGGAGAGUCCUGAGAGACAGGAGGUCAUGCAGGGAAAUUGUAAGAGAACCCUCACCAGCUCGAGCACGAGGAAGACCCAAGAAACAAAAAUCUGGGAAGCCAGGACGACCUCGUAAACUUUACAGAUACGUAAGUGCGUCGAGUAUUACUUCAAGUCGAGCAUCAAGUCGUGAAAAUUUAUCACAAGAAGAAGAGGAAGCACCGAAAGAAGACGACGAAGAAGCAUCAAACGAUGUUUUCAUUCCAAGUGCCGUAGAUGAGAAGUCACCUAAAAAGGAUGAAGAUAAUACCGACGAGGGAGAAGAGUUCAUGGACGCAAAGUUUAUCGAAGAACUAGCGUUAUUGGCUGAUGUUGAACUCGAAGAAGCGAUCCGAGGAACGGAAUCGACCGAGUGGAAGCGUGCACUAGCAGCAGAAGCACGCUCACAUCUAGAGCACGGGACAUGGGACCUGGUGGAAUGUCCAGAAAAUGGAAUAGGUUAUUAUCGUAAAUUUUAG